AUGUUUCGAUCACUACUUGUUCUUCCCGCCCUCGUAGCAUCCUCCUAUGCACUAGUCUCGGCUGUAGACUCGUCUCAGCUUGUAUCUACUGCUACAUACUCGAAAGCUCUUGGGGAAGGAUUCACCAAAGCUAUCAUCCGCGGCUAUGAAGAAGCCUGCGGUGUAGGAGGGGAAGUCGACCCUAACUUUGUUAGCUCAUACAACAACGCUCGGGCAGCAGGCUAUACCGAUAUUGAUACCUACUGGUUCCCAUGCAAUGGAUCGGGAAACAACUGCAAAUCGUAUGCCACCCAGCUUGCUGAGCUGGGCGCUACAUUCAAUGCCCACUCUAUGAAAAUUGGUACUAUCUGGAUCGAUUUGGAGAAGGACUCGGUGUGCAACAACUGGAACUAUGGAACAGCAGGAAAUCAAGCACAGGCACAAUCGCUCAUUGCCGCAAUGAAGGCCACCGGAUUUAAUUUCGGUAUCUACAGCACCCCAGGGGAAUGGAGUAGUAUGUUUGGAUCAACAAGCUUCGUGCUUGAUAACGCUGCUCCAUUGUGGUUUGCUACCUUCAACAAUGUCCAGAGUCUGACUCUUGGGACUCCAUUUGGAGGGUGGACCAGUGCAGUCGGUCACCAGUACACCGACCAGUCUGCGUCCGGAUUAUUCGACCUUAGUGUCUUCGCCCACUAG